UUUAAAGCCAUAUUUUAACGUUGAGUACAUGUCCUUGUCAUGCAGACUAAGUUUAUAAAUUUCCGAACACCCUCAAAUCAUGUCAAAUAUGUUAAAAUAUAUUGUAAAGUGAAUAAUUUACCAAAAUGUCGAUGAUAAAUUUGACAAGAAGAACAGUGUGAGAAUGGCAUUAGGUGACAAACAGCCUAUGGAGAACACAACAGAAUCAUCAGAUCCACCCAGAGUAAAGGAGGGACUGUUUGCAAACUUGAAAUCUUUCUUUUUCACAGUCCCACAGGAUAAUGAAGUAUUUGCACCCAUAUCACCCAUCUCAAAGGGCAAAUUUUCUCCAAUCAUCGAUCAGGAGGUUGAUAAAUUCAUAGCAAGUGAAACUGGAUUAGACAGGCUAAAACACAUGUAUUCAUAUGAUCCUCUGACAAUAUUUAGUGCUGACUUGUACGGUGUACUCAGCAUGGCCACCCCCGUCACAUUGGUCUCAGGUGUUAUCAUAGCAGGACUUCGAUAUCCCAGAGCGAAGGAGGACUUUAUGAAAAGUCCAGAGAGGGGACUGGUCAAAUUUCAGAGGUCAAACCUCAGAAUGGCAAGAAGGUACAAGUAUGAUAUAAUUGCAUUAGAUGUCAUGAAAACAUCUGUCCGAGCAGCCGUUAAAUUUGGAGGAUUUUUCACAUGUAUUCUACUGGUGAAUCAGAAUUUAGCCACUUACAACAACAAAUCAAGCCCACUGUAUUACGCAGCAGGAGGAGCUGUUGCUGGUGCAAUAAAUAAAUUUUUCUAUGGUGUACGAGCUAUGGCUGCUGCAGGAAGCAUCGCCGGUGUGAUGGGGUUGCUGUAUGGCGGUGCAUUUUAUCUAUUUUUAAGACAGUAUGACAUGACACAGGAUAAAUUUCACUGGGAAGACGUUAAGAGAAGACUUGAAAUAGGGGUAAGACAAUUAAGAUUGCAAUACAGAAAACUUAUACAUCUGUUGUGGAAAAAACAUCAAUGUGAAAACAAAACAUCUAUUGUAAGACAGAGAUUGUAAGAUAGAGAUUGUAAGAUAGAGAUUGUAAGACAGAGAUUGUAAGACAAAGAUUGUAAGAUAGAGAUUGUAAGACAGAGAUUGUAAGACAGAUCUAGAGAUUGUAUGAUAGAGAUUGUAAGACAGAAAUUAUAAGACUAUGAUUGUAAGACAGAUCUAGAGAUUGCAAGACAGAGAUUGUAAGAUAGAGAUUGUAAGACAGUUCUAGAGAUUGUAAGACAGAGAUUGUAAGACAGAAAUUGUAAUACAGAGAUUGUAAGACAGAGAUUGUAAGACAGAUCAAGAGAUUGUACGACAGAUUUAAAGAUUGUAAGAUAGAGAUUGUAAGACAGAGAUUAUAAGACAGAGAUUGUAAGAUAGAUCUAGAGAUUGUAAGAUAGAGAUUGUAAGACAGAAAUUGUAAAACAGAUCUAGAGAUUGUAAGAUAGAGAUUGUAAGACAGAGAUUGUAUGACAGAUCUAGAGCUUGUAAGAUAGAGAUUGUAAGAUAGAUUUAGAGAUUGUAAGACAGAUCUAGAGAUUGUAAGACAUAGAUUGUAAGACAGAGAUUGAAGACAAAAAUGCAAUGCAAAGAAUAUUGAAUUUUAAAAAAAAAAGAGCAUUGAUAUUUAUGUGAUAAGACAAGAUUUGCAGUGUAACAACAAGAUGAAAGCUGAUAGAUUAUCAUAAUAUCAAAAAUGAAAAAUAAGACUGCUUUAAAUGUAGAUGUGAUGUAAAUGAGGGUAACAAAAAUAUGCAGUUGAUUUUGAGAAGGAUAUCACUAUUAUCACCUGUUGCUGGAAACAAAGUACUUUGUUUUGUGUACUUGUUUGUCUUGUUUUUACUCCCCUGAGAUAUAAGCUGAAAUAAGCUCUUUUGAUCAUCAUCUGUCCAUAAACUUUACACAUUUUUUACUUCUUCUCCAGAACAAUUGGGCCAAUAUCAAUUAAACUUGUCAUAAGGCAUCAUUGGGUAAAGGGAAUUCAAAAUUCUCCAAAUGUACAUAUGUAUGGUCACACACAUUUCAAAGGGAAGAUAAUUAAAGAUAUGGUGGAAAUGUGAUGCUAUCUUUUUUUCAAAAUCCUCUUCUCAAGAACCACUGGACCAGACAAGACAAUGCAUGUACUUAGGUGAAAGCUUCCUUAACAAAUGUAAAUUCAAAAUUGUUCAAAUCAUGGCCCAGGGUGGGGAUGAAGGUUUUAAA